AUGAAACGGGGGGUGCAGUUUCAGCCCCGAGGUUUUUCCUCCCCCGACGCCGCCACCCCCGUGGAGGGGUUUGAGGAGCUGCUGCCGGACCCCGCCCACAGGUGGCCGUUGAAGCCGGAUCCGUUCCAGCAGCGCGCGGCUGUGCCUGGAGCGCGGUCACUGCUGCCGGUGGCCGCUCACACCUCGGCCGGCAAAACCGCGCUGGCCGAGUACGCCAUGGGGCUGGCCCGGCGCCACAUGACACGGUCCAUCUACACCUCCCCCAUCAAGGCUUUGUCCAAGCAGAAGUUUGGGGAUUUCCGCGACACCUUCGGGGACGUGGGGCUGCUGACGGGGGACGUGCGGCUGCGCCCCGAGGCCGCGUGGCUGGUGAUGAGCACCGAGAUCCUCAGGUCGAUGCUGUACAACGGCUCCGACGCCAUCCGGGACCUGGAGUGGGUGAUCUUCGACGAGGUUCACUGCGUCAACGACGAUGAGAGGGGUGUGGUGUGGGAGGAGGUGCUGAUCCUGCUGCCCGAGCACGUGAAGCUGGUGCUGCUCAGCGCCACCGUCCCCAACGCCCUCGAGUUCGCCCAGUGCGUCGGUCGCACCAAGCGUCGCUGUGUCCGUGUUCUGAGCACCCCGCGCCGCCCGGUGCCGCUGGAGCAUUUCCUGUUCACCGGGAACAGCGCCCGGAACCGGCACCAGCUGUUCCAGCUGCUGGGCCCAGGGGGGGCCUUCAGCACCCAGGGGUACUACGCGGCGGUGGAGGCCAAGAAGGAGCAGAGCAGCAAACACGCGCAGAGCUUCGGGGCACGGCAGCCCACCAUGGGAGCCCCCAACCCUGGGCAGGAGCGUGGUGUCUGGCUGUCCCUGCUGCAGACCCUCCGUGAGCGGGAGCUGCUCCCGGCCGUCACCUUCACCUUCUCCCGUGGCCGCUGCGAGGAGCAGGCGGCCGCCCUGGGCUCCCUGGAGCUGCUGAGCGGCGCCGAGCGCGCCCAGGUCUGGCACUUCCUGACGCGCUGCCUGGCCCGGCUGCGCGGCUCCGACCGGCGCCUGCCACAGGUGCUGCAGCUGUCGGAGCUGCUGCAGCGCGGCAUCGGCGUCCACCACGGCGGGGUCCUGCCGCUGCUCAAGGAGGUGGUGGAGAUGCUCUUCAGCCAGGGGCUGGUGAAGGUGCUGUUUGCCACCGAGACCUUCGCCAUGGGGGUGAACAUGCCGGCGAGGACCGUCGUCUUCGACUCCAUCCGCAAACACGACGGGAAUGGCUUCCGGGAUCUCCUGCCCGGCGAGUACACGCAGAUGUUGGGGCGCGCCGGCCGCCGCGGGCUGGACACCACCGGCACCGUCAUCAUCCUCUGCAAGGGAGCCGUGCCCGAGCUGUCGGAUCUGCACCGCAUGAUGCUGUGUCACUGCCAUGUUCCCACCGUGUCCCCCGAUGGCUUCGGCUCCCAAGGGUCGCUCCCCGGCACUGGGUCCAGAGCGGCCCGAGGAGGGGAUGCUCUGUGUGCCGGAACAGUGAGAGAGGCAGGGUUCCUGGACGAGGUGACCCAGGACAGCUUCGUGCUGGGCCCGGGCUACGACCGCCCCUAG